AUGGAGAAAUCAAAUCAGACAUCAGUAACUGAGUUUAUUCUGCUGGGAAUAACCAACCUUCCUCAAUUAAAGAUUUGGCUUUUUCUUGCUUUCUUAUUUUUCUAUUUGUUUAACUUGAUAGGAAAUCUCAGCAUUGUUGUUGUGGUGAUUUAUGAUUGCAGCUUGCACACCCCUAUGUACUUCUUGUUGGGGAAUCUUUCAUUUCUUGACUUUUUCUACUCUACAACAACUGUCCCAAAAAUGCUGGCUGGCUUGGUGAUGGAAGACAAGAAAAUAUCUUUCCAGAGCUGCAUAACCCAACUCCAUUUUUUUCACCUUUUGGGAAGCACGGAGGCUCUUCUUCUCAUGACUAUGUCGUAUGAUAGAUAUGUUGCUAUUUGUAACCCAUUAAGGUAUCACAUUCUUAUGGCAAAAACGGUUUGUUUCCAGUUGGCAUCAAGCAAUUGGGUCACAGGUUUUAUCUACUCAUUGUCACAUACAAUUCUAACAUCAAGGUUGCCUUUCUGUAAGUUCAAUGAGAUCACACAUUUUGUUUGUGAUAUUAAACCUCUUCUAAAACUGGCCUGUACUGAUACCCAUCUCAAUGAGAGUCUGGUGUCCAUUAUAAGUGGCUUUGUAGGUCUCAGCUCUUUUCUGCUAAUUGUCAUCUCAUACAUUUUCAUAGGUACCCACCUCCUCAAAAUUCCUUCUUCUCAAGGGAGACGCAAGGCUUUCUCCACCUGCACGUCACACUUGACUUUAGUCCUAUUGUAUCAUGGAACAGCUAUAUUUACAUACCUUAGACCAGCCACCAAAGAUUCUCUAGAGCAGGAUAGGCUAACAGCUAUACUAUUUACAGUUAUUACACCAGCUUUAAACCCUCUUAUUUAUGCACUGAGAAACAAAGAUGUGAAGAAGGGUCUUAAUAAAUUAUUCUUAGGCAUACUAUUUUCAAAUAAAUAG